CUUUCUAAUUAUCAACCUGAAGUAAUAGUACUAUCCGAUUCAGAUAAUGAGUCAAUUGCAGUGAAAAAAACAGAACCUUUCAUUUCUGAAGAAGUAUCUAAAAAUAAAUCAGGUAGAAUUAGUGUAACAAGAAGUAAUAAUAGAUUUAUUCAAAGACAACUGAGCAUUUUAUUAUAUGAAUCUAAUAGCACAGAUAAAUCUGGUAGUGUUUUUGAAGUCUCUUCAUAUUCUAAAUCAUUGGUUGUUAAUGACAGUUUUGAAGAUAAGUUAGCUAUACUUAAUAAUAGUUUAAAAAACAACAUAGUUAAUAGUAGUUUUGAAACUAAUAAUGAAAGUAAUUUAUUUGCUUCUGAUUUAGAUCAAAAUAAAGUUAUUGAUAAAUGCUUUACAGUUCUUUCGAAUUCUUCUAUGACAAGUUAUUGUUCAUUCUUUCAUAAAACUGAUACUCAAAUUGUAAAAGGAAAAAUUAUUAAUAAAGGAAGCUGCUCUGUAAAAUUUUAUCAUAUUGUACCUAAUGAUUUGACUGAAUGUCCAUUUAUUAUAAUGAUUUUUGUUGGUAUUCAUAAUCACUCAUCUCUGCCAGCUAUUAAAACACUACAAAAUAUAAUAGAAAAUUUACAAAAAAUUAUUAAUAAUGAGUAUGAUCUUGAUCUUACUGCACGUAAGCUUCUUACAACUGAACUUUCUUUGGUAUUUACCAAAAUGAAUAAUGAUACUUGGAAUCAAACACCUAAUAACACUAAUGCAAAUAAAUCUGCACAUGCUAACAUAAAUCUAGAUGGUCAAUCUUUAUCUUUUUUAGUAGCAAUCUAUCA